UACGAAGAACUCACGAAAUUCAAUCUGGAGGCAAUUUGAGAAGUUUUGCGGUGAACGCAAAUAUGUUUUUGAUGGAAACACUUCCACGGAAAAACUAGCAUUCAUCCUCAAAGAUUGGGGGUACAAUAUGAAAAAAGUCGAUGGUAAUGACUACAAAGAAGCAGUAAUAAAAACGAUGUGGAAUGUAACGGCAAAGCAGUUGCAAGAACUGUAUUUCAAUAAAUUUGGUAUAAAGUUUGAUCCUUUUGUUGACCUGGAAUUCAAGGGUAGUAGAAAUGCACGCGACGCAAAACGCCGGAACCUACAAAUACAACCGGAAAAACGCAAAACUAGUUCCUCAAUUUUGACUCUAGAAGAAUACAACAAGAUUCUAAAGAUUUAUAACGAAGACACGCCAGAUGGUUUACAGAAAAUGUUUUUUUAUGUGGCUGGAUUAGAAUUAGCUUGGAGGGGAUGUGAAGGUGUUAACGUUACUAUCAAACAUUUUAAGGAAGAAAGUGAUAAUUGUGGUUUGCCUACGGGGCGAAUAGAAUACAAUUGUAUUUUUUCCAAAACAGCUCAAGGAGGUAGCCAUAAAUUAACAGACAGCAAAUGGCUUGCAACAAACACCACAGAUCCUAGAAUUUGCCCUGUUAGGCUCUACAAAAAAAUGCUGAGCAAGAGAGGUAAACAUAUAACCACCGAUCGUUUAUUUUUAACGCCAAAUCCUGCAUGGAGAGAACCUAGUUCUGUAGGAUGGUUCAAAAAUUCACCCGUUGGAAGGAAUGAAAUGGGGAAAUGGACAAGAACCGCCGCAGAAGAAAUAGGCAUCGACAUAAAGAAAAAGAAGAUUAGUAAUCAUUCAUUACGGUCAACUGCAGUGUCGCAACUUGCAAAAGCGGGAGUCGGUGAAGAACAGCUUAUAAAGAUUACCGGUCAUGCCAAUACUUUCUCCAUCAAACCAUACCUUCAGCUCGAUGGAGAUCAUCAUUAUCAAAUGAUUGACAAAUUACGCGCCAACUCAACGGCUAUGGAAGAGUCUAAUAACAAAUCCACAAAUUGCGCACCGUCUGCUUUGGUACAAAUGUCUAAAAAUAUAGUUACUACUUCACCAAGCACACAAACCCCUGUAAAUUACUACAACUAUAAAAUCCUCACUCCACUACAAGAAGCAAAGAAACAACUUUCGAUAGAGGAAGCAGUUCAAAAAGAAAAAAAGUGGGAUACUAACAAUUCAAAUUCGAACAAAAUUGACAAACUCGUCGGAGAAAUGAUUGCACUUCAAAAUUUACCGUUUAAUUUUGUAGAGGGACUCGGUUUUCGCAGACUGAUACAAGAAUUAUCACCAAGGUAUAAUUUAAGAGGGCGCAAUUUUUUUACUGACUUUGUGUGCACGGAACUGUAUGGCAAAGUUGCUAACAAAGUGAAAGAAUUAAUCGAAAAAUUUGAUUACAUGGCGUUUACUUCUGAUAUUUGGUCGGAUCCAAGCUCUAGUGCGUCUUUGCUUAGCCUGACUUGUCAUGGAAUCGCAGAAAACUUUGAUCGACCAUUGAUUAUAUUGAAAUGUGAAACCUUCGACGACCGUCACUUAGGUGACAUAAUUGCAGAAAAAUUUGACACCAUGCUUACUGAAUGGAAUAUUUCAAAAGAACAAGUGCACUGCAUUAUUCAUGACGAAGGCUCCAAUAUGAAAAGAGCUAUGCGAUUAGCAGUAUUGAAUGAUUUGGAUUGUGCAGAAAACAUAACAACCGUCAAACAAAAAUGUAAGAAAAUUUCGACUCACUUUAACCAUUCCACCAUUGCUCAAAAACAACUGCAAAAAAUCCAGGACAGACUAAAUCAACCGCAUCUCAGAGUGUUUCAAGAUUGUGUAACGCGAUGGAACAUGACCGAGGAAAAUAUUAAGGACGAUAUUUUGAAGAUUAGGACAAACAUAGAGAAUGACGUCUCAAACUCUCAAAUAAAUAUCUCCAAAUUUCAAAGCAGCGAAAAAAAUGAAAUGGGAGAUUCCCUCGUGAAAGAUACGGAACAACCUGGAACAUCCGGUACAGCCAGAAAGCCAUGCUUGAAAAGCAUCUUGCCAUGA